AUGACCACAUGGAGAGGGACGUUGGCGUCACCUGCCAGACCCCACACCUACAGGAAGGCGAGGCCAGCUCUAGGCCCCUGCGGCUGGUCAGGACGAAGACCCGAUGACACAGACGCCGUCCUGGAGCCACCAACGGGCACGAGGGAACGGACCCCGGGGUGGCCGCCAUCUCCAGGAGGAAGGGACAUCGACCUUGAGCACUGUCCCUCAGAGGAAGCGCCCGUCCCCGUGGGGUCCCUGGUGAAUUUCCCUGAAGCCUUUGGGGCACCCCCAGCUCUGAACGGGCACUUUGUGGAGUCGCCCCCCAAGGCCUCUGACCCGGGGCUGCCCACGGCCACCCUGACGCCGCUCUGGGGGCGGCGGGGACCCCGACAGGGUCUCGCUCUCCUCCGAGGGGGCCGCGUCCUGCCGCCAGGCCUGGCCCCACCUGGGCCAGAAGAUGAAAGGCAGAAACCCGACCUGCGGCCCGCUCCUGAAGGACGCCUUUGUGCCCCGCCUGCAGCCGCCAUCACACGGUCCCCGGCCGCGGCCUGCGGACCGGCUGCCUGGGCUCUGAGGCCCCUUUCAGAAGCGCCCGGGUCCCCACCGACUCUGCCGUGGGGCUCUUUUUAA